AUGACGCUCUACUACAGCCUCGUUUUCCUCCUCCUCGUCUUCGAGAUGGGCCUGUUUAUGCUUCUCCUCGUGCCUCUGCCCUUCACCGUCAAGAGGAAGAUCUUUACCUUCGUCUCUGAGAACCCCAUUGUCGCCAAGAUUCAGUACUGGAUGAAAAUCACGUUUGUCUUCAUCCUCAUCCUCUUCAUCGACAGCGUCAACCGCGUGUACCGCGUCCAGCUCGAGCUCUUGGCCGCCACGGAGCAAACAUCUAAGGGAUCUGCCACCGUCAUGGGCCAUGAGCGCCUCGAGGUCCAGGCUCGCAAGUUCUACUCCCAGCGCAACAUGUACCUCUGCGGCUUCACCCUCUUCCUGUCGCUCAUCUUGAACCGCACCUACGUCAUGAUCCUCGAAGUGAUGCGCCUCGAGGACCGCGUCCGAUCCCUCAAGAAGCAGCUGGAGAAGAAGGAGCAGGACCUGCAGACUCUCAAGAAGCAGAGCGAGCAGCUUCACAAGGCGUACGACGAGCUGAGCGACAAGUACGCCGCGACGCAGAAGAAUGGCGAGGCCCGCAAGGACCAAUGA